AUGAGAGGGUUUAUAUUGUUGGGAGUGCUGUGCGCAGUGGCGCUAUGCAGCGCUCUCGAGGGAGACGCGGAGGCUGACCAGGCGGUCGCGGCCAGUCACCACCACGAACACGGCGAGGGACACCACCACCACGGGCACCACCACCAUGACCACGGUGACCACGAGCACAAGGGUCACAAAGGACACCACCACCACCACAAGGGGGACGAAGGCCACCACGGCAAGCACCACCACGGCGAGCACCACCACGAACAUGGUGGCGGCCACAAAAAACACUGGGAUGAACACGACCACCACGGCGAACACCACGAGCAUGGUCACCACCAUAAGGGCGGCAAGCACGGCCACCACGAACACCACGACAAAGGCGAGCACAUAGACGGCUACCACAAGAAGCACCACAAGGACCACUUCCACAAAGACCACCACUUCCACGACGGCCACCACCACGAGGGCAAGCACCACAAGCAUGGACACCACCACGGACACCACCACGAUGACGAGGGACACCACAAGAAGGGUCACCACCAUCACGAUGGACACCAUGAAGGCCACCACGGGCAUCACGGCCACCACGACAAAGGCCACCACGACGAAGGCCACCACGAUCACCACGGUCACCAUGGGCACGAUGACCAUCAUCACGGUCAUCACGACCACGGCAAGAAGGGUCACCAUGAGGAUCACAAACACUGGGGACACCAUGAGAAACAUUAA